AUGAUAGUGAUGGACACUAUCCUAUUCAGGUUUAAAAACGUCAGGAGCUCCAGUGCCUGGAGCCAGAACCUCUCCAGUCCCGCAAACGUGGACACGGCCGACGGGCAGAGCCCAACCACAAUUCCACAGCUCGUCGGAGUGUUUUCAGUCCUAGAUGACUCCGUUCAGAAGGCGGUGGAGCGUCUUCUGGCAUGGUUAGAUUCUGAUGCCUCAAAGUUGGAGUUAUUCAGCCAGGAACUCCAUAAACUGGAGGAUCGGUGGAAAGCCUACACCACAGAUCGGGAUGCCUUCAGGUCUUGGCUUUGUGACCGAUCCGCGAUAGGUCGUCUUCUUCGAGACGCGGAACCCGCCUCGGCCUCGGCAGUCGAAGCGGACACUGCUGCCAUUGAGGUCUACCUGGAGGAGAUCCGUGAACGCGGUGAUCGGCUGCAGACUCUGCUGCGCACCUUUGACAAUCUGACAGCCCACAGUCCUGGCGCGGUGGAUCAGGUGCUGCGCCAGCUGGAACACGACUACUUCAGCAUCAGUACGCGCCUGGAGUUGCGUCUCCGAUGCAGGGACAAGAAGUGGUCACCGAACGCGGCUUGGGCGUAA